AUGAAGACUUUAAAUAUUGAAUGUGCAUUUCUAUACCUUAAGCUGGCCUCUUUGCUAAGAAAAACAAAGACAUCCUUUAUAACAGGCGCAGGUAUUUCUACAUCUGCAGGCAUUCCAGACUUUAGAUCAGAGAACGGCCUGUUUAAAGAGAUUAAAAAGAAGUAUGGAUAUUCAGGGGAAGACAUAUUUACAUACUCAAUAGUGCAUGGCAAUGAGCAGGCUAUGGAGAUAUACAUAGACUUAAUUUCAAGGCUAAAAACAGCACUUGCCACUGUUCUCCCCACCCCUACACAUAAAAUGCUUACGCAUGUACAGAGAAUGCACAAAUCAACCAUAUACACACAGAACAUUGAUGGAUUGGAGCAGAAGGCUGGGAUAUCAGAAAACAUACAUUAUCUUCAUGGAAGCUUAGAAAAUCUGCUUUGCACACACUGCCACCACUGCACUCCAUAUAUUCUUGAAUAUGAUCUGGCUAAGAGAAUUAAAUGCACAGUAUGCGUAAAAAGAAAUGCCAAGCGGAUAGAGGAAGGGAAAAGACGCUGUCCCAUCGGGACUCUUCUUCCAGACAUUGUGCUGUAUGGAGGGCCGCAUGAUACUUUUAAAACAGCGGAGGCAGUCACUAAAGAAAAAGAUACAUCGCUGCUUAUUGUCAUGGGCACUAGCUUGAAGGUAUAUGGAGUGAAAAAUCUGCUCAAAACACUAAGUAAGACAGUUAAGACCAAUCAAGGGAUUAGAGUGUAUGUGGGGAUUGAGCCACCUGCUAAGCCUAUGCAGAUUUACUUUGACUACUGGAUAGAAGGAAAAUGCGAUGUCUUUUCAGAUUUGCUAAUGGAUGCAAUUCACGGACCAAUGCUUCUUAAGCAGAUGCAUAAAGUCAACAAAAUGGAUGGAGUUAUUGAGUCUUUACGAAGGCUAUCCAUUGACCCAAAGUUUGACCCAACACUCUCGUAUAGGCCUAUAUGCACAUCCAAAAACAUAAAAAGUUAA